UUUUGUCUCAUGUUUAUUUUUGUAUUGUAUAUCUUAGCGCCGAAUUCUCUUUCUUGGGCACGACUGCACGGGAGAGACUGAGAGAGAAAGCUCAGCAAAGGGCUGCCGGCGGUGGGUGAUCACGUGCCCUUACAUUGAUCUACAAACGAAGAUCAGCGCAGCCACCAGCCGCCACCGCCUCUCUCGUUUCCAUUUACCUUCUUUUGUUAUUUUUCUUCUUGUUUGACUAACUUCUUCUAUCUCGAGGUUUCUCUCUACACAGCCAUGUCUGGCUGCACCCUGCAAACUCCAUGGUAGUGAGUCUAGGAACCUUCAAUAUCAUUCUGUCAGUUUCUUUCUCUUCACCCAUGGCCAACGAAAUGGCUACAACGUUCCAGCUCCUCUUCUUCUUUUCCUGCUUAUUUUUGCCACUGCUGUUGUGUAACGUUUUAUCAAAUUUUAGUACAAUUUAUUAUUUGAAUGGAAAAAAUUCUUACUUUGACUGUCUAAAGCAAACCUUUUGAUUUGUUUUGACGACCCAUUUCCACAAUUUGAAGAAGCAUGCAAACAAUAUCACUUAUGUUACAACGUAGACUCACUCAGUCAAUACGUCGAACAGUUCUCGCCCCAUAUUCACCUGCCAGUAAACUCUCUUGUAGUUUCGCUUUCCUCUGCAGCCAAACGCCUAGCAAUCUUCCAGAUGAAACUUUAGAUUCGAAACAGGAAGAAACCAGGCCCUGCUUAUCUUAUAGAAUUGAGAAACUGCCUGGAGGCGAAGGUGUUCUGUCUGCUUUUCAGAGCUGGAUGAGAGAUGGCAAUCCUGUUCACAGGGGUGACGUUUUUCACACCAUUAACCGUCUCAGAAAGCUCAAAAUGAACAAACGCGCUCUUGAGGUAAUGGAGUGGGUGAUCAGGGAAAGGCCGUACAGGCUAAAGGAAUUGGAUUACUCGUUUCUGUUGGAAUUCACAAUUAAGAUUCAUGGGAUUUCACAAGGUGAAAAGCUCUUUUCUUGCCUUCCUGCAGAGUUUCAAAAUGAGCUCCUUUAUACCAAUUUAGUAAUCGCAUGCUUGGACAAAGGUGCAGUAACACUUUCACUAGCAUAUAUGAAAAAAAUGAGGGAAUUGAAUCAUCCCAUGUCACACUUGGUUUUCAACCGCCUCAUAAUCCUCCAUUCCUCUCCCAGGCGUAGAAAGUUCAUCCCGAAAAUUCUGUCUCAAAUGAAAGCUGAUAAAGUGCCCCGACAUGUCUCCACAUAUAACAUUCUUAUGAAAAUAGAGGCCAGUGAGCACAAUAUUGAAGGGCUAAUGAAAGUGUUUAGUGACAUGAAGCGAGCAAAUGUUGAACCAAAUGAAAUAUCUUACUGCAUUGUCGCUACCGCGCAUGCUGUUGCAAGGUUGUAUACUGUUGCAGAAGUCUAUGUUGAAGCUGUAGAGAAAUCAAUGACAGGUAAUAACUGGUCAACAUUAGACGUUCUUAUAAUGCUGUAUAGCUUUUUAUGGAAGGAAAAGGAACUAGAGAGAACUUGGCAAGCUGUGCAAGAUUUACCUUAUGUUCGGUCUAAAAGUUAUGUGCUGGCAAUUGAAGCUUUCGGUAGAGUUGGCAAGCUUGAUCGAGCUGAGGAACUUUGGCUCGAGAUGAAGUCAAGAAAAGGGCUGAAUACUACUGAGCAGUUCAAUUCUAUAUUAUCCGUGUAUUGCAGGCAUGGACUUAUUAAAAAAGCUUCAGGAAUUUACAGGGAAAUUGGAAAACGCGAGUGCAAACCAAAUGCAAUAACUUAUAGGCAUCUUACUUUGGGUUGCUUGAAAGUGAGCUUGGUGGAUGAAGCUGUGAAGACUCUUGAGAUGGGGAUGGAUUUGACGACAAGCAACGUGGUGAGGAAUUCAACCCCAUGGUUGGAGACAACUCUAUUAAUAAUUGAGAGUUUUGCAGACAAGGGUGAUGUUGGGAAUGCUGAGAAGUUAUUUGAAGAAUUGAUAAAAGCUAAGUAUAGCAGGCAUACUUUUGUGUACAACACUCUAAUUAAGGCUUAUGUGAAGGCUAAAAUUUAUAGUCCAGAUUUUUUGAAACGGAUGAUUUUGGGAGGAGCUAGGCCAGAUGCUGAGACAUAUAGCCUAGUGAAACUUGCUGAGCAGUAUCGAAACUGAGUUUAGUUUUUUUGAAAUGACCUUAAAGAGCUUGUAUUCAUUUUCAUUCUUCUUUUAUGUACAAAAAUAUUUGUGUUGUUGCAUACGGAAGAGAGGAUUGAAUAAACUUAACGAAUAAUAUAAUUACAUCUUUGCCUGAUAA